UUGCUCUGUGCUGAACUAAAGUUGGCUGGAAGAAGAGCUCUCAUUUUUCUGCGUUCUGUCAUCGCGUCGCGCUGGAACAAGAGGAAAAAAGUUACAGACGAACGAAAGAUCUUUUUCCAAACGCGAGUUUUGUGCAUAGUUUCAGUAUUUUUCGCCCGCUACGCUAGGCUUGUGACCGUAGAUCCGGAAACAAGAAAAAUACGGAUCCGCGAUCAGUGCAGUCGGUGUCUGCUGUGUGGAGAAUCCGCCCCAAGCCACUUGCGUGGGGCUGAAAGUUUCGAAGGGAAAAUUUUCGCUGCGAAAGUGAACGCUCCGUGGCGCUAUCGUCGAAUGCCGAGAAGAAAAUAAACGCUUGUCAGUGAAUCCGAAACCCCAAUGAUUAAUCGAGUAAAAUCAGUGUUUAGUGUAGAAAUUUCUGUACGAUUUACAAAAUGAAACAAUCCUCCUGAUUACUGCUGUGCAGUUGUCUCAUUCCGAUUGUAUAUAGUAUCGGUUUACCAGUAUUUCCUCGCUUUCCCGCCGAUAAACAUCCGAGUUCGAAAAGUAGCGGAAUGACAGCACUGACAGGUCGGCCACCGUUGACAAGCCCGUUCAGGCAGCGCAACUGCGUUCGAACAAAAAUGGGCAGUGUCACUUCGACAGAAAAUGGCGUCUGCCAACUUUUUGGAGGAAGCUCUUAAAUCAGAUGUCGAUGAAUCCGCGGUGAGUGCGAUCGUCGGAACUCUAGAAAAUCAGUUGGACCAAUCCAGUACGACCCAGGUGCAACAAGUCGCGAAAAAUUUCGAGUGCGGAAACGGUGGAAACAGUUUAAAUAGUGCAAUUGUGUCAAAUGGAAGAACGACCCCCAUUUAUAGUGCAGUGCAACAGCAACAGCAGCAGCAGAAACACAGUAAUCAUGGUGUUACCAAUGGUGAAAUUGUAUCCAAUGUUAUGAACAGCAACAGCACCAACAACAACAACAAUAAUAACAGUAAAACAUUUAUCAUUGCCACUAGUGGCGGCCAGAACGUAAUCAACAGUGCAAGUUCUGGCGGUGCUACGACUGUGGUUCUCGGGAAGAAUAUUACGGUUUCAAGCAGUACAGGAAUUCAGCCGUCAUCGACGCCUCCCGCGUUGGUGUCCUCAUCAUCCGGAAUCAACAUUAUCAGCAAUCAGAUUGUUGUUUCUGCCGGUGGCCAGCAUCCGCCACCGUUCCACGUUACAAACAGUAUCAGUCACAUCCACAACAACAACAACAACAAUCUCCAGCACCAGUCGAACAUGCCAAAGAAUGAACCAGUAAAGUUGGUGUAUCCUGCUCACGGUGGUGGCGGCGCCGGAACACCGAAUGCCGGUACUCAGGCGGUGCUCAACAUGAACAACAAUCGAGUAACGCUCACCUCUACGGCACUGCCGAACGGGACCAUCUCCCUGACGCAGGCCCCGCAGCUGAUUCAAACCGGUGCGGGGACGGGGAAAACCACCAUUCAGGCUACAACGGGCGGCCAGCCGGGUGGGCCUGGUCAGCAGCAAACGCUUAUCAUCAAGAAUCAACAAACCGGUGCCGUGAUGAACUCCGGUGCGCCCGGCAUCGUCACGAUGUCGAAACCGAUGAACAAUCAGGCAACGCAAAAUAUUGUCGGCUUACCGGCUGGUGUACAAAUUGUAAAUGUUAGACCUGGCGCACCACCCACGCAACAACAAGCACAGCAAAAAACUGUUGCCGCUGUAUCACCUAGAGUUGUUAUUGGUAGUCAGCAAAUAGUUAGUUCUAGACCACCAAAUGCAAACGCUAUCACACUAAGUGCCCUUCAAGGACAGCCGGGCUCGACGCUGCUACUGAAGAAUGAGCAGGGCCAGUUCCAGCUGCUGCGGAUCGGACCGGCGCCGACCGGUGCCCAGAUAACGCCUGCUAACCUGACCGCCACGUCGGGCGGUAAUCAGACGAUACGGUUGCAAACUGUACCAGCUGUAAGUAGGUUUACCGGUCCUCCAUUAGCCCUCCGCAAGACCAUAGUCACCACGCAACAGGUGAAACAGAAGCAAAAUCCCAUUUCAUCCGGUUCUGGUACGAUUAUCGUCAAUUCGCAAUCCAUCACCACCACGCCAACCAGCUAUGUGACGACGCAGUCGACCCCGGUAGCCUCGGUGGCACCUGUUCCGGCGCUGGCCGCCCAACAGCACAUAACCAUCUCGGCAGCAGCAGCCCAGUCACCUGCUACGGCCAUGGCUACCGGUCAACCUACCGUAGUCUCCACCCAGCAACCGCAAACUGUCGUGACCCAUCAACCACAGCAACCUCAACAUCCUGGCCAACCAGCGACGCAGACCGUGGUCGUAACGACCACGACCGGUGGCCAAACCGCCCAGCAGCGCAACUCGUUAGAUAAUACCAAAGAAAAAUGCAGGAAAUUUCUCACCAAUCUGAUUGAGCUGUCCAAACGGGAACCGAAACCGGUGGAGAAGAACGUCCGAACGCUGAUCCAGGAGCUGGUGGAUGCCAACGUCGAGCCGGAGGAGUUUUGCGAACGGUUAGAACGGUUACUGAAUGCCAGCCCGCAACCGUGUCUGAUUGGUUUCCUCAAGAAAAGUCUACCGCUCUUGCGGCAAUCGCUCGUUACGAAAGAGAUCACGAUCGAAGGCAUUAAUCCGCCCUCGGCAAAUGUGGCCUUCUCCGGCUCGCCGCUAACGCAAAUACCUGCCCAAAUACGCCCUGUAACGCAAACCAUCGUAACCCAGAACAGUAUGGUCGGUCAGACGCAGAUCCGAAUGCUAACGACGCAGUCGGGCACGACGACCGUACCCCGGAUAGGACAGACGACGAUACGACCGGCCGCACCCGUGCGGAUACAAACACCCGUCCACCAACAGCACCUGCAUACGACCACCACCGUUGCCGCCAGUGGGCCCCGGCAAAUCACCGCCCAGCAGAUACGACCAAAUGCCACGGCCACCGUAGGCCAUACUACCAUCGUGCAAACGAACCAACAGCUGCCUCAGACGAUCUCAACGACACCCCCAGCGCUGCUGCCGAUUCGCGCUCCGGUCGGUACGGCAAUAACGCGUACGCCAGCGACCCUACAAAUCCGUGCGACCACACCGGUAGUAUCGCGCAGCAACGCCAUCAACAACAACACGAUGGUUACCACCAAAACGAUACGUAGUCAAACGCCCGCCGUGGCUUCGGUGGCAGCUGCUGCAGCAGCAGCGGCCGCUGCGGCAUCUGGUUCCACGGCCACUCAGGUCAAGCAAGUGACAGCAAUUAGUAACAGCAAUGUAGUCGUCGCAGCAUCGUCACCAUCGGCGGCACCCGGUUUAGUCGUGACCGGGAAUCAGCCUUUGCCUGCAUUGGCACUUAGCUCUUCCGCGGUCGCUGCCGUGGCCAAUUUGAAUAAUGCUAGCAAUAGUAAUAGCUCUACGAGUUUAAUCAGUACAAGCAUCCCUCCGGCAACGACCAUAGCGGUCAGUACGGCCCCUAGUAUUACUUCCGCGGCCAUUAGCAGUACUACUAGUAGUAUCAGUAAUGCCAGUACGGUCUUCAUUGCCAGCACUAGCAGCUCUUCCACCACAGUCACACCUUCCAGUAGUAAAGCCAGUUCGGGAUCGAAAUCGCAGAGCUCGUCGGCGGCCUCGAAAAAGAAAGCUAAUGCUAGUGCCGCCGCCAGUUCCGCUGAUUCGAACGAUCCUUCGUCCUUAGCGAAGAAAGCAGCUGCCUCUAUGCAAUCCUCUUUUUACCAGCAUCACGUGUCUUCCUCGAUGUACGGGGAUGACGAUAUUAACGAUGUAGCGGCCAUGGGUGGUGUCAACUUAGCGGAGGAAACCCAGCGGAUUCUCGGUUCGACAGAAUUUGUGGGGACACAGAUACGGUCCUGCAAAGAUGAGGUGUUCCUUCAUAUGUCUGCACUACAGGCGAAAAUUCGGGGGAUUGUCGCGAGACACGGAUUGGAGGAGCCGAGUAGUGAGGUAGCAGUACUAAUAUCCCAUGCCUGCCAGGAACGACUGAAGAAUAUUGUGGAGAAGCUGGCUGUCGUCGCCGAACAUCGAAUCGAUAUUAUUAAGGUUGAUCCACGGUACGAAGUGACAAAGGACGUCCGGGGGCAGAUCAAGUUCCUAGAAGAGCUCGAUAAGGCAGAGCAAAAGCGACACGAGGAGCAGGAACGUGAAAUGUUAAUGCGAGCGGCCAAGUCACGAUCGAAAACGGAAGAUCCCGAGCAGGCCAAACUCAAAGCCAAGGCGAAAGAAAUGCAACGAGCGGAAAUGGAAGAGCUACGGCAACGAGACGCUAAUCUGACUGCCCUGCAGGCCAUCGGACCACGGAAAAAGCCUAAACUGGAAGAGGGAGUAGCGACACCGGUUGCGCCCGGUGCCUCCGGAAUCGGUAUUGGUGUGAGCGGGAAGGCGGCCACCCCACUGAGGCCUCGUAUCAAACGGGUCAAUCUGCGUGAUAUGUUAUUCUAUCUGGAACAGGAGAAGGAAAGCUGCAGGAGUCAAAUGCUCUACAAAGCCUACUUCAAGUGAUCGUUCGUUGUGGUACGACAGCAUAAGGUGAUAACAAUGAUGACGGUCGUUCUCUGCUGAAGCCGUGCAUUUCCACACGCGUUGCGAAUGGAACCAACACAGGUACGGACCAACCACCGGUAUCUGUUCAUCCGCCAACGAAAAGGUUUUUCUCUGAAUCCGAUGGCAACAGUCCCACUUCAGGGACGCACGUACAGAAGGAAAAUGGUCCAAUCCAAAUGCGUUUCAUGGUCAGGGCAGGUCUUAAGUCAGGAGGUUCGGAGAGCAUAGUUGUGUAAGAAUGAGAGAGAAUCAUCAAGACGUGUAUGUAUGUGUGAGUGUAUGCGUGAUUUUAGGGAAUUUUAUGUACAUAUAUCAAGCAUCAUGGAUCGUGAACAUGAAUGACUAAUGGGGGGAGUUGUACGAGUCAGGCAGUUCGGAUUGGGCUUAAAGAUCGAACUGUUUUUUGAUGUUUUAUUUAAUUUGAAAAAAACUCGUAAAAUCGAAAUCAACUGUACAGAAACACAAGCUAAGGUAAAGUGCACGAGCGAGUUUAGGUAUGUAGGGAAAAAAUAGGUCUAAAAUAGUAAAAAAAAAGCAGAUUUAAAAAAUGUGUAAUUAGUUUCGAGUCCUCUAGAGCUGUGUGCUUGACGGAACAAAAGGAAAAAAAAAAACUGGUCAGCCGCAAGCAUUGUUUUUGUUUGUUUAUAAUUUUAAGUCUAUAUCGAUAGGAGCAAAAUAAAACUCAAAAGAAAGCAGAAAAACAUUAAAAAAUCUGAAAAUUUCAAAUGAAAGGAAAAAAUAGUUUAUAUACUGAAACUAAUCGUUUUCUCGGAAACAAAAAUCGAUAUGUUAUAGGUUAAAUUGACGAACAGUCAAUGAGUAACAAGCUUUGUUUGUGAUUAUAUCACUUAAAAUUAAAGGUAAUAAAACUAAAACUGUUUAUAAGAGAAAGUGGAAGGCGAAAUGUUUAUUUAUGUUUAAUGUCUUUUCAUUCAAAUUUAAUUUAAUGAAAUGAAAAUCCUACGAAAAUGAGAAAAAAAAAACAGAAAAUGCAAAGGAAAGAUCAACAAUAGAGAUACAUUUUCUUAUAAAAACUAAACUAUGAAAAGAAAA